GGGCGGAUGUCGUGAGUGUCGCGGGGGUUGUCGUUCCAUGGCGACGGCGGAUGACAGCUGAAGGUUCGCAAAGGUUCCAUGACGACCGAGCCAGCUUCGGCCUCGUAAGUCCUUUAGCUCGUCUCCUUCGUCUGGUGACACCUUCUAGCCGGGAAUAGACGCGCUCUGCUGGGCGCAGCAGUGCGGACGUGCGUGGUGUUCUUGUUCCGCAUGGCGUAGCCUCCUUUCGUCUAGAACCUUCUUCAUGGUUCCUUCUUCUAGAACCUUCUUCAUGGUUCCUUGUUCCGUGUAGAACCUCCUUCAUGGUUCCCUGCCCACACAACCAGCGGAACGUUGCGGACUAGCGGCGGACAUGUCGGCCCAGUAGCGAGCGAGUGUGGCGGCCUCGGCGUGGCGGACCUGCGACUUGGGACUUUUCUUCGAGUUGAAAACAAAAAGAGGCGUAUUUGUGCUCACCUUCGGGACGUGACGACCGGAAGGACGUUGGUGUUGUCGCCAGGACACCUGCGGGAAGAUGACGUCCUGCACCCCCGCAGACAUGAUCAACCUGCGACUCAUCUUAGUCAGCGGGAAGACCAAAGAGUUCCUUUUUUCUCCCAGCGAUUCGGCGGCAGACAUCGCCAAGCAGGUUUAUGACGACUGGCCAAUGGACUGGGAGGAGGAACAAGUCAGCAGUCCUAACAUCCUGAGGCUCAUCUACCAGGGACGCUUCCUGCACGGCAACGUCACGCUAGGAGCACUGAAGUUGCCUCUGGGUAAAACCAGCGUCAUGCAUUUAGUGGCCAGAGAGACGCUGCCUGAGCCCAACUCCCAAGGUCAGAGGAACAGGGAGAAGACUGGAGAGAGUAACUGCUGUGUCAUCCUGUAAAUAAACACCUUUUAGCCCCGCCCCCUCAUACUUCCUGCCCCCCCCACCGGCCAUUCAUGCUUGGAAAGACAGUGAGCUUGUCCACAUACAUACAUACAC